ACACAAGUAUAUGAGGGGUUGUGUGAAAAUUAUUUUUCUCUUGCUGAACCACAAAGACAUAGAAUCAAAGUGCUUCUUUUGGACAUACUGGCUUCUCUUUCUUUUUUUUCUUCUCUCUCUUCUAUUUGUUGUGGAUAUUAUGGCUAAUAACACAACAAGUUUAGGGAGUCCAUGGCCAGAAAAUUUUUGGGAGGAUCUCCUAAUCUCCUUCACAGUGUCCAUAGCAAUCGGGCUUGUGAUUGGAGGAUUUAUCUGGGCUCUGUUUGUGUGUCUGUCCCGAAGAAGGGCCAGUGCCCGCAUCUCACACUGGAGUUCGAGUCGGCGAUCUAGGUCCUCCUACACCCACGGCCUCAACAGGACUGGGUUCUACCGCCACAGUGGCUAUGAGCGUCGGAGCAACCUCAGCCUGGCCAGUCUCACUUUCCAGCGACAAGCUUCUAUGGAACAAGGAAAUUCCUUUCCAAGAAAAUCAAGUUUCAGGGCUUCAACUUUCCAUCCAUUUCUGCAAAGUCCACCACUUCCUGUGGACACGGACAGUCAGGUGAUGACUCUCCCUUCUUCCACAACCUCUCCCACCAUCAACACUUCUCACAGCCUGAGCCGCCCUGAUUUCCACUGGUCCAGUAACAGCCUUCCAGUGGGUCUGUCACCGCUGUCCCCACCCACCUACGAGUCCAUCAUAAAGGCAUUCCCAGAUUUCUGAGCAGGGUGUUUUUGUCGUUAACUUGUUUCUUUCUUUCCUUGUCUUUUCGUGAAAGGAAAUCAUAAAAAGAUGAAGCAGAAUUUUGAGGACACGGCCCAAAUGACCAAUGAGUUUUCAAACUGAGAAAUGCUCAUGCGAGUUGGACAUUACAAUGUACAUUUUCUUUGAUGCUAUUAUUCCUUGUCUCACAGAGAAGUAAUAUUUUUCCAAAUUGUUAUAUACUUAUGUGUUUUGCAUUCAAUGUGAGGAUUAUUAAAGGUAAUGAUUCUAAUCUAAGAAUCAGCAGUAAUAUAGUAUAUACAUCUUAGACUAAAAUAAAACAAGGUAUUAGUGGUUUUCAAUUUCCAUUCAUUGUUCAAUGUGAUUACAUAGGGAAAAAAAUCAGUGUCACUUAAAAUUUUUUCUAGCCUAAGGAAUUGUAAUUGUACUUUAGCUGGAAUGAGAAGUAAACACUUUUACAAUCUUGGAUUUUUAAUGAAUUUUAUGGGCAUAAAAUGAUAGAAUAGAAGAUUCUAAAGUUUCUUGAUUCCACUCAAUCAUGAAAAACAUGGAAAUCAAGCAAAGGAAGCUGAAGGCUGUGGGUAUUAUAGGAUACUUCAAUGUUGACCCUUUUUUGUGUGCUUUUCCUAAGAGUAGGUAUCCACAGCAUUGAGCCAGACUCCUUGGAAUUAUUCACAUGAUAAUUUAACUUUCUUCGCUGUUGUAAUUCUGUUUUUAGAAAAGCAACAACCACAAAUCUAAUUCAUUUAACCUAAAAACAAAUUUUAAUACUGAGUUUACAUUUUCCUAAGGAAUAAAUUUUAUUUCUUAGGUUUAACUCUAACAAUUGGGAACACACUUCACCUAGGGACCUUCUCCUAUAACUUCAUAGACAAUAAGUAGGGGUCCAUGGGGACAAAGUCUGUUAUUGAAAUAGAUGUUACACCCAUGAAGAAUCCUCUUUCCUGGAUUGACUCACCAGACAUUCUCUCUUGUUUGUAUCUCUGUGAAUUUCAACCUCAGAUUCUGUGAAGAUCUUUAUACAAUGAUUAAACCAUGCCAUAAGUCCUUGGUGCCGACAGUUAUUUAAGUUCACUUCCACAGAUGGCCACUCUCUUAAAGAAAGGUACAUCCCCAAAUGUGGGUAUGAGAGAGCUCCAGUGACCGGAUGCCUAUGACUGCCCUUUGUCAUUUAAGGACACGAGUUCACUGGAUAAUUACUCAAAAGGCCUGUGGUUUAUUUCUGAUACAGUGAAUAUUUAGCUUAUGUUGCUGUUUGUUUAUUCCUAUGAACAUCGGCAUUUUCGGUGAAGAAAAAUGUACUGUCAUUUUAGUUUCUGCAAAGCAGCAGUCUCAGCUAAUAGUAUCUAAAUAUGGCUCAAGAUUGUAAUAAUUUUUAUAUAAUAACAGAUUUUGUAUAGCAUUUAAAAAUUUUUAUUUAGCUUAUAUUUUUAUUGUUACUUAAGGACACUUAUUCUUGAUGUGUGUAGAUAGGUGCUCUUUAAUGCAAUAUACGAGAGAGAGAGAAAGGAAGAAAGAAAGAAAGAAAGAAAGAAAGAAAGAAAGAAAGAAAGAAAGAGCUCGUAAGAUACACUAAAUUGUUCUAAGUUGUUUUUUUAACAAAUUUAGCAACUAUCAUUUAGACACCUAAGUUUUCAAGGGUUUAUUAACUUAGUAACAAAGCUACCUUGUUUGUAUGUCAUCCUUAUUGUUUAACAUGAGAAGUAAGAAAAGGUUAUGUUUUUUAUCCAUGUUUUAUAUUGGGAGUAAAAACUGUUUUAUAUCUCUCAAAUUAGAAAAUAAAAGAAAUCCUCUGGUGUAUUUAACCAUUUGGGAGAAUUAUCAUCUCCCUCUCUAAAUUAUGAAACAAUCAAAAUCAGUGUCUUGUAAAUAGUGUGCAAUGUAUGGAAUGUGUAAUUAAAGUAAAA